AUGGAGGACGAUGCGAACGAUGGCGUGGACUUUUGGCGCGAUAACGUCUUUUCCAUCGCGGACGACCAUUUUCGAGCGAGUUUGAACGCGAUCGUCGCGCCUUCGGAACAAACUGAAAGAAGAGCAGAUAGGGGAAGCGGGAUGAUGCUUGGUGACGAGGAGGCGGCAGGAAACGGUGAAGGAAGAAGCGAGCUGGCGAAGUCGCUCGUCCAAGGUCAAGGCGAUUUGAGCGAGCACGAUUUUUUAGACGCGCUCGACGAGGCGUUGUUUGGGUUGGGAAGCGAAGAGAUCGCGGUGAGAGUAGAGGAGGAGGCUGGGAAGACGAGGACAAAAAAUACGACGAAGAAGACGGCGAAGACUUCGAAGACUACGAAGCAUCAGCCGGUAUACAAGAAGAGUUCGACGGAAGCCGGCGAACUCGCUCUCGCCGCGACGGGCGGUGGCGACUCAAACGUGCUCAUCAAAUCGACCAAAGCGAGACUCAAAACGACGAAUCGAUCGUUAGAGUCCUUAUCGUUCAUUCUUGGCAGCGAUGGGUUUGCGCGAACAACUAUCGAAGGUGUCAAGACAAUACCUUUGCGCGAGAAAGGCGGGUUGAAAGAGAAAGGCGAAUCGUCGCCGUCGACGAAGAAGCCCAACGGAAGAGGUCGCAAGAGAAAAUCUGAGGCGACGAGAACGGUCGCGCCGCCGCCGCCAACCGGCGACACGACGGACGAAGACAGCACGGACUCUGAAAUUCACUACGAUCUCGAAGAAAAUUUCCUCAAGAGCGCUGCAAGUUUGUUAGAGGAAUACGAAGAGACGCCGACGAAGAAAAAACGCGGUCGUAAACCGCUCGAUCCAGAGGUGAAGAAAGCCAGGCGAGAACAACGACUCCGAGAGAACAAAGCGACGAACCACGUAACCUCGAUAUCGUCGAAAGCUGCCAUCACGCGCGAAAAGAAACCAAAACCACCACCGGUGGAGAAAAUAAAAGGCCAAUGGUCCAAAGAGGAAGACGAGGAGUUGGUUCGCUUGGUCACGCAAUUCGGCACUCGCAAAUGGUCCUCGGUGUCGAGAGCGCUGAACGGUAGAGUCGGCAAACAGUGCCGCGAACGAUGGAACAACCACUUACGACCGGACAUUCGCAGAGGGUCGUGGUCGACGAAAGAGGAGUCAAAGUUGAUCGAGUUACACAAAGUGCUCGGAAACAAGUGGGCGGAUAUCGCGAAAGGGUUACCGGGACGGACGGAAAAUGCGGUGAAGAACCACUGGAACGCGACGUUACGAAGGAAAGACGGAACGCCGAGCGAAUUGAGAGUGUACGCGACGACGCAAACGAAAGGGAGAGGACCAAUUGGACGACCGAGAAGUCGAAACAAACGACCCGGCGACGAAGAAAGAGAGGCGUUGAAGGAGAAGAUUUUAUCCGCGAGCGUUCAAGAGAUGGACUUGGCGAACACGAACGGAGACCACGAAAGCGGCGCGGCGGCGCUCGGCGUCUCCUCGCCCGUCGCGGGCGACAACGAAGGAUCGUUCGUCGCGUUCGGGAAUACCACGACCAAUCACUCGCAAUCGUUAUUAGAACAAGUGUUGAACAACGAAGACGAGCUUAAUAACGUGUGCGAAGAUUACAACGACGACAACGACUUCAUCAAGAGCGACGAUGUCGAUAUCACCGCGGUGAACGACGAAGACGACAACGCGACGUCCCUCGAAAGAUCUGUAUCCGAACAAACGCGCGAAGCAGAAACGCAAACGGACCCGAUCAGCGAUGAACAGCUCGUGGUGCUCUCAGAGGACGAUGGGACCGCAGAGUACGCGAGUGGGUACGCGACGACCAUGACUGUCUUUGGCGGCGGCUGCGGCGCCGCGCGCUCGGUGCAAAACGCCGCCACGGAAGAGUACGUCGAAGGCGACGAAGACGAUGUGGUAGACGUGGAGAAACCAUUAAAGUCGAGCAGAGAAGCGCCACCGAGAACGACGAAGAAUCCGCUAAGGCGACAAGCUGCUUUAAAUGCGACUCUCGAAAAACGAGAACGACGAACGACGCGUUCGACGGUCACCUCGUCAAAUCCGACGCUUCUCGGAUUUGCCAUUCCGGAGCAAAACGUCGUCGCCACGAACACGCGGAGCAACAAAAGCUGCGGCAAAAGCAAACGCCCGAGCUCUGUGAUUGUCACUUUGCCGAACAACAAAGUCGAUUUCGCACAAAUCGUUGGCAUUCACGAUCCGUGCAAUGAAUUCGAAACCAGAUCCUCCGCGCUCGAAACCGCCUCGUACGCCUCGCCGACGCCGCUGCCGCGAGAGAAAUCGGUAAACAUUCAAAAGACUUUAAAAGAGCUCGUCGAGUGCGUCCGAGGCACGGUACAAGGCAUAUCCGGAGUGGCGUUGACGACGAAAAGUGGCACGCAGGCGCAACAAAAAAAAGUCGGUGGGAACUGUUUCGUCGUUUCCAUCGCCGCCGACCAGUGGGCGAACGCUAUGAAAGGCGUGAGGUGCGCGACGGCGUUUUUGAAGACUUCCUACUAA